AUGGAUCUUGGGGGCUCUGAGGGCGGCAUUGGCACCAUCGGCGGCGCCCUGGCCGAACUCAAGAAAAAAGAACUUCCCGAUGACCUUCCGCGCUCCCUCGACGACCGCCGACGCCCCGUCGAGUUAGUUUCCGAAACCGAAAUAUACGACGGAUGGCAGGGCCAGUUGCAGUUCUUAACAUCGCCCAUCACGAAGCCCUUGUCCUUCAGCGAGCUCACGCUUGAAGACAACUAUGGCCCCGACCUGAUCAAGGGCGGCCCUGAGAGCGAAACCCGCCUAAUGGAGAUGCUUGCCGCCCAAGCUUCACAUGCCGCCGUCGCUGCCUUCGAUGAUGAGGAUACCAUCGCCGCAGAUGAACAUCGCUCCAACGAGGAGAAGAAGGAUAUCUUGCAGCGCACCUUCUUCAUGGCCUGCAGCAACGGCAACCUCGAGUCGGUGAACAGGAUUUUAAACGGCAAGGCCCGCGAAUAUGUCGAUAUCAAUGCCACCGAUGAUGAAGGCACGCCUGCCAUUAUAUAUGCGAGCUGUUUUGGCCACGAGUCGGUUGUGCAGGCGCUCAUCGAAGCGGGCGUCGAUGUCAAUAAGCAAGACCGCAACCAAUGGAGCGCCCUCAUGUGGGCUAUGACAAAUCGGCAUAAGGGCAUCGCCAAGCUAUUGCUGGAUAAUGGCGCUUCUCCUGAGGCGAAGACUUCUACGGGAAGGACUGCCUGGGACUUUGCUGGCUCUGACAGCGACAUGGCUUUCUAUUUGAGCGGCUAUGGCAUUGGAAGCGCUGGCACCAGCGACGACUUCUACAACCCGGGUUUUAACCCACAAGACAGAUUUGAGGAGGAGCUGGCCGAGACCGAAAUGCGCCGGCGCAUGAUGAUGGAUAGCGCUCGCGACCUCGAAGUGGACCUGGGGAAUGUGGGCAUAGACGAUCAACCCGAGUCGUUUGAUGACCUCGAUGACGACCAAGAGUUCGAUUGGACGAGAUGCCGUCAUGACCAGAUGUUUGUGAUCCAGGAGAGUGAGCUGGACCGCAUCCUGGAUAUCGUCAUCACCAACAUGACACCACAGCGAUCCCCAUCGCAAAAGCCUGUACCUGCGAAUAUGAUAUUUUUGGCCGCUCGAUAUGCGCACUACCACGCCAACCCUGAGCUACUAGCGAAGUUGCUCAUCACUUCCAUGCAAAAAAUUAAUGCCGUAGUCGAGAAGCAUCAGUGGGAUAUGACCGUUCUGGCUUUUUGGAUGUCAAACGCCACAUUAUUGCUGCAUUACCUCAAAAAGGAUGCCGGCCUUGUUGAGGCCACCACCGAGUUUCAAGCCCAGCUUGCCGAGCUUAUUAACGAAAUUUUUAUUUUCAUCGUUCGGGAUGCGGAGCGGCGCCUAGACAAGGUCCUGGACGCCGCCAUGCUGGAUCAUGAAACCAUUCCCGGGUUCGAAGAUAUCGCGUUCCAAAACGAGUGGAAGAUCUUUAAAAGGAAGAAGGAGGUCAAAGAAGAGCCACUGGAGAAGCGGCUACGGCCGCCGUCUCCCAAGCAGAGAGCCAAGCCGUCUCCACGUAAUGUGACUUCGCUGCUGUCAUCGACACUCUUCGUUUUGGAUCUCUACGACGUCCAUUCGGUGAUAACGGCCCAGAUUAUUUCACAACUUAUUUACUGGCUGGGGGCCGAACUCUUCAACAGAAUCAUAUCUAAUCGUAAGUACCUGGCGCGCACCAAAGCAAUGCAGAUCCGCAUGAACGUGUCAGCCCUUGAGGAUUGGGCGCGCCAAAACAACCGUCAGCCGGAGCACUACGAGGGCGGCGAGAUCAGGGCCAGCGGCGAGACGACUGUCGAGGCAGCCCGUCGUCAUCUAGCCCCGGUCAUCCAGCUGUUACAAUGGUUGCAAUGCUUCUCAUCUCUACCUCCAGACGACCUCGAAGCUCUUGUUGGCACUCUUCAGCAGCUCCGUACUCUCUCUCCUCAACAACUCAUCCACUCAGCAACCCAUUACCGCCCCGAAGUUGGCGAGAAGGGCCUUCCAAAGAACGCCUUAAAGUACCUGGUGACCAUCCAAAAGGAGGCGCUCGCCCGUCGCGAACGCAAACGCCAAUCUCUCGCAUCAGCCGUCUCGACACCAACUACCCCAUCUACCAAGAAAUCCUUUUUUGGCCGAUCCAACGGCACCAGUUCGGUCCCAGCAACCCCCAGUAACAACACAACCACCACACCCGACCCCACAACCCCAACCUCACCCUCAGCACAGCAACAAGAUCACAACAACGGGGAUAACGACGACGACAAAGACGCUACGCUUGCCAACACGCAACUGCUUCUCGACCCGGCGCUGAUGCUGCCCUUCACGCUGCCCAGCAGCACCGACAUGUUGAUCAGCUAUGGGGCCGGGUUCGGCGGCGUCAAUCGCGAGCGGGCGCGCAAGUACAUACCGACUAUCCCGCCCGAGUUUUUGGACAAGAUUGAGGCAGCUACGGGUGGACCGGGGAGUAGGAAGAAGGUUUGGGAGGAAGUUGCAGGGUGGGAAGAUGAGGAGUGA